AGUGUAAUUUAACACUGUUUGGAAAAUAUUUUUUCCCUUCUAAAUGAAAUUGUUAAAUUAAAAUUAUGAUAAUACGAUUUUUAUUUAUUUUUCUAAAUUUAAUUUUUGUUUUUGGCAAUGAAACGAGUGAUGAUAGUUUUUGUGCUGCACAAAAAAACUGUACGAGUUGUUUACGUACAACAAAUUGUGUUUGGUGUUCUUUGACGACUAUUCAACCAAUAGUCCGAUGUGUAACAAGGGAAAGAUUCAAAACAGAAGGGGAAUUAUGGUGUGCAAAAAAGUCAGAGGUAGUGGAUGAUUUUUCAAAAUUGAAAAUAGUUGAAGACCGUCCUCUUUUAUCUAAUAAAGGAAGUGAGCCAAUUCAAGUACAACCUCAAAAAAUUCGCAUUCGCCUUAGAACAGGGGAAGAGAAACGUGUAACCUUAAAAUAUAGUCUUGCACAAGACUAUCCAGUUGAUCUUUAUUAUUUAAUGGACCUAUCAGCCUCAAUGGAAAAUAAAAGGGAUCAAUUGUCCGAACUCGGAUUACAAUUGGCAGAUGCAAUGAAAAAAUUAACGUUAAAUUUUCGUCUUGGCUUUGGAAGUUUUGUGGAUAAAGUUGUUUUACCAAUGACAAAUACUCAACCCGAAAGAUUAGUUGUUCCAUGCAAUUUUAUAUCGGUUUCAAAUUCGUGUACUGUCCCAUAUGGAUAUCGAAAUCAAUUAUUUCUAACUGAGGAUAUAUCUCUCUUUAAGACACGUGUGAAACAGGCGUCAAUUUCUGCAAAUAUGGAUGCACCUGAGGGUGGAUUAGAUGCAAUGUUACAAGCAAUGGUCUGUACAAAAGAUAUUGGUUGGAGGCCUAAAGCCCGACAUCUUAUGGUUUUUUCAACAGAUGAUAAAUAUCAUAUUGCUGGUGAUGGCAAACUUGCAGGCAUAGUAGAACCAAAUGAUGGGCUUUGUCACUUGGACGAAGAUGGAUAUUACACUUACUCUUUGCUUCAAGAUUAUCCAUCAAUUGCACAGAUAAAUAAAGUAGCACAAGAAAAUAACAUUAACAUCAUAUUUGCAGUACCGCCAGAUGAAAAUAUUACUUAUUAUCUUUUGUCAAAAAGUAUUAUUGGUUCCUCAAUCGGUCUCUUGGAAAACGAUUCCACAAAUGUUGUUGCCUUAAUUAGUAACGAGUAUGAGAAAUUGGUAAGUUCUGUGACGAUGUCGGAUAAUGCGACAAAAGCAAUUGAUGUAAAGUACUUUUCGAGAUGUUUAGAAGAAUCUAAGGACUUGAAGGAAAGUCGUGAAUGCGAAGGUCUUCGUGUCGGUAAUGUCGUCGAGUUUGAAAUACUUUUAAAGGCGUUAAAUUGUCCUGAGAAUCCAGACGAAUGGCAACAAAAUAUCCAGAUAAGGCCCACAGGUCUUGACGAAAGUCUCACUGUCGAGUUGCAAUUAAUUUGUGAUUGUCCCUGCGAUAGAGAUAAUCAUCCGAAUAAUAUACCGGAAAGUUUAAGUUGCAAAGGGAAUGGUACAUUAAUUUGUGGCGUUUGUCAUUGUGAUCAUGGUUUUUAUGGAAAAUUUUGCGAAUGUAAGGGAAAUAUGAAUGAUGAUAGUGAAUCGAUAAUAGAAGAUUGUAGUCCAAAUGGAGAAGAGAAAAUUUGCAGUGGACGUGGAACAUGCAAAUGUGGAGUUUGUGAUUGUGACAAACGAGUUAAUUCGAGAGAAUUUUUUUAUGGAAAAUAUUGCGAAUGUGAUAAUUUCUCCUGUAAACGAAAUAGUGCUAAAUUGGUUUGCGGUGGACGAGGUAAGUGUGAAUGCGGCACGUGCAAUUGCUUUCCAGGUUGGACUGGUGAUACUUGCGAUUGCAAAGAAACUAAUAGAACGUGUAAGCCGAAGGAUGAUACGAAUGAAAUUUGCAGUGGUCAUGGUGAUUGCAUUUGUGGAAAAUGCCAUUGUCACCAAAAAGGAAAUAUUCGUUAUUCAGGACAAUUUUGCGAAGAUUGCCCGACUUGUCCGGAGAAACUAUGUGAAGAAUUUAAAGAUUGUGUCGAAUGCUUUGUGCAUAAUUCGGGUCCAUUAGUUGCUGAAAAUGGAUGUGAAUCAUGUCCUCAUCAUAUUAAUGUCGUAAAACUAAUUCAAGAAGAGGCUACUGAUAAAGAAACUGGAGCUCAAAUAUGUAAAGUUCCUGGAGAUGGUGAUUGCACUUUUGCCUUUAAAUACAAAUCCUAUCGAGAGGGUUUGGGGGGAGAUAUAAAAGCUUAUGAAAUCACUGCCCAAGAAAGUAAAGAAUGUCCCGAACCAGUAAAUGCUAUGGGAAUUGCAAUGAGCGUUAUUAUAUCAACUGUAAUUCUUGGUUUACUUGUUCUAUUAGUUUGGAAAGUAUUAACUGAAAUACAUGACAAGAGAGAAUUCGCGAAAUUUGAAAAUGAGCGAACACUAGAAAAAUGGAGUCAGCAAGAUAAUCCUUUGUAUAAACAAGCAACAACAACAUUUGAUAAUCCUACGUUCAGUAGUCUCUACAAGGAUUCAUAUUCUGACGAUUAAAAUUUUUUUACAUAGGUGACAAUAAUAAUUUAUUCAAAGAAAACAUAAAUAAUGCUCAUCGCAUCAAGUGAAUAAGAAGAAUACCUACCGAUGAUAUAUUCUGAGAAAAAAACUCCUUUGUUUCAUUUUUGGACUUGACUCCUUAAUUAAGAUAUUUUUUUUCAAGACAAGGCUUCGACACUUGACCAUUAUAUUCUCUUCUUGGAAUUUUUUCAAGUAUAAAAUCAAUUUUUACUUUCAUACUACCAGCGGUAUAAUUCUUUAGCUUUGCAGCAAUAAUUCAACAAUAAGAUGAUGAGGGGUCAAAGAAUAAUAAUCGGAAGAAGAAAAUAAACGAAAAUGUCUAUGUAAUAAUUAUUGUUCAAGUAAACAGUAAUUAUUAAUUUUGAACAAGCAUAAACGGAAACAAUUGAGAACGAGACAAUUCAUUUAUGUAUAUGAUUAAAUAUUAUACGAAAAAAAGGAGGGAAAAACAAAAAUAAUGAUACAAAGAAUUAAAUUAUUCCUGCUAUUUUUUUCCAUAGCAAUUAUUGGAAAAUUAUUAUUAAAAUUACUUAAAAAUGAAAAUUAUUUAAAGUAAUUUUUUGUUAGAAUUAAAUGAAAAUUAAUUUUCUAUUUAAAAAUACUCAUUUCCUUCCAGUUGCAAAUGUGUAUUUUUUUCUAUGAAAAUUUCUUUUUGAAGUUAAUAUUUUCUUUUUAUUUUCUGCAAAUAAAUUACAACUGAAUCCAGUUACUGGCGCUGUGGAAUGAAGGCGAACUAAGUGAAUGUAAGCCAUGUUGUUUAAUUAUUAUACUGAGAAACGACCAAUCCGCUUCAUGCGACUUAAUGUACUCCCCUUGUGAGGCAGUCUCUUCCUUUCUACAACAUAGUCGUUGAUUCCUUUUUUUUCUUGCUUUGUAUCAAUUAGCAAAAAUUAUAUUCUACUAUUCUUUUUAACACUCUAUUUUAUUGACAAAUAUUAUUAAAAUUAUUUUUUCCUUAUUAUUACUAUUAUUAUUUACUAUUAUUAUUUACUAUUAUGUUGUUACUAAUUCACAGUAAAUACCAGUUGCCAACUCACAUAAAGUUUUCUGAACGGGAAAAAUUUUAACGUGUUGUAAGAACCUGAAACUAUUAUUGGCGGGUUUCAGGACCUCAAUUAUUCAAAAUUUGUAAAAGUUAUUCACGAUUAAACUUGAGAGCAAGGUCACACAGAAACUGUAUUUGCACUGAGGGUUAAAAAGUUUUUUAUGUUUAUUAACAAACAUUGACAAUAACAACAAACUUCACUAUUACAGUAUUAUCAAAUAAAUUUUUACAUGAAACAAAUAAUGUUUAUUUGAAAUAACUAAACUGUAUUUCAAACAAAUAUCAUUUAAUUGACUCGAAUAAAAAUUAUUUGGUUCAAGUAAAUAUUUAUUUGAUAAUAGACAAGUAACCGAUUAUUUAUUGAAUAAAAUAAAUUUUUUUUCAGUGCAUAGAAUAUAAAUGUGUCUAACUAAUACUGACCUUUGCUACUUUUUAUUAUACGGGAAAACCAAGAAUUAGAGUAAAUGUCCCUAUUACCGAAGUUUUAAUUG